AUGGUGCCACCGGUGGAGGUGAAGCCACGUGGGAAGCCGCGUGGAAUGCGCCGAGACCGGGACUGCCACAGCUGCAAGUCGAGGAACAUCAAAUGCGACUUGAAUCGUCCAUCAUGCUCGCAAUGUCUUGAAGCCAACAUCGCAUGCGGCGGAUAUCCGCAGCGCGUCAUCUGGGCAGCGGAUCGGUUAGGCAAGGAUUCUCAAGGUGUUCUGUUGCCAGCCCCCGCUUCAGCUUCCGGCUCGUCGCCGUCGUCAUAUGCCACCAAAGUGCCCAAGAGGCAGCGCAGAGAGCCCAAGUCAACGCUGUCCGACUGCAAUGCCUUGUCGCCAGACCGAGACUUGACAAAGACGCCAACCAGCGAUGCCGCUGCGGUAAAGAGCGAAAGUCCCGUCUUGGAACUGCGUCGCAUGCCCGCCACGGACCAAAACAGCUUCAUCACCAGUCUUAUCGCCUUUUACCAACACAUUAUAUCAACGGACGGGUCCGCGGCAGACCAUGGCCAUCAUCUCUCAUCCGAAGCUGUCCGGCUCAUCUCCAAGCUGCACGAUCUCAUGAAGGCGCGUAUCGAGGGCCGCUUGGCUGGGUCGUUUGCUGGGGGAGACAUGCGGGACUCGAUAGAUACGGCUCGCCACCGCCUUGCUGCCUUGAUUGGCCUCAACGAGGCCCUUGAAGCCGCAAACCCCUUUGCCUUUCUGGGAAUCGCCGCCUUUGCCGUGCUAGAAGUGUGCGACAGCCCUUUCGGCGAAUGGCAGCGGCACCUCCACGGCGCCAAAUCCCUUCUAGAUUACCAUUGCCCCGACCCGCCUGCCUUGGAACAGCUGUCCCACACCGUAACAGGGUUAACAGAAAUUGUUGCCAGAUUGGUCUGGUGGGACACACUAGGGGCCAUUGCCAGAGGCAGCAGGGGUCUUAUAUUUGACGACUGGCAUCGGCAGACCCUUGACCAAAGCAUCUUUCAGGUUGUAGGCUGCUCGGCAGACACGUUUGAUCUGUUUAGCCGGGUGGCCAAGGGCGAAGUCGCAACUGAUGCCUUGAGUUGCUGUAUAUUGGCCAUGGACCAGCUUGCCAGGAUCGCCUCGGAUGAGUCUGCCUGGGUCCUCUCGGCCAACGUCAACAGAUGUGCAUCCGCCAUUGCGGUGCUGGCCCAAUUUGAGGACACGGCAGAUGGGCAUGCACAGAGAGCCAUGGAUUCGGCGGUUGAGCGGGCUUGCCAACUGAUUUCUCGCAUGUCGCCAUGCUCCAUCUACUAUAUUCACGUAGCCGUAUCGGCAUAUUUGGCCGGCAUGCACGCGGCCUCGACUCACCAAUGCGAAAUUCUACGUGCGUAUUGGCAUCACUGCAACCAUGCAGGUGUCCAACGUUACCCUGAUGGCUUGGCAAAAUGCGAAGAGCGGUGGAGAGCUAGAGGACUGACCGGACGUGUCUCGUGA